ACAGAUUUUAUAUUUUGGGGUUAUCUUCCUAGACUAGAGGUUUCGUAAAUUGUUAUUUAGUAUAGACAAAAUCAUGGAGGGCAACGAAGAAACCCAGCAACUAAAACUUAUGGUUGAACAGCUCAAAGGAUUGAUUCGUAGCAAAGAUGAAGAAGUUCAAGAAAAAAACAACUCAAUCAAGGAUACAGAGACAAAGCUUUCAAAAUUCAAGAUCCAAAUGAAGGCAAAAGAAGCAAAAAUUUCAUCAUUAAAUAAACAGCUGAAAGAAAUUCAACGAAAAAAUGAAUCUUCUGCAUCAGGAGAUGGUGCUGGAGAAGCAGAGUCAUUGCAGAAAAUUAUAGAGCAAAAAGAAAAUACAAUCAGGCAACAGUUGAAAACAAUGAAAGAACAUGAGCAAAGGUUUGCAAAAUUGAAGAAGGAAUAUGAAGAGAAAUGCUCAGCAGAUGAAAAAAAUGAUCAAAGAAGAAUAGAGGAACUAAUACAAGCGAUUGAAAACAAAGAUGAGCUGAUAAAUUCAUUCUCUGCACAAAUUGAAGAAUUUAAAAAGUCAACAGGAGAGAAAGAUAAAGAAUUGAAUAUAUUGAAGACCAAACUAUUUGAGAACGAGACUUUGUCACAGCAACAAAAACUUCUUCUUGACAAGCUGAGCACUCAAGUUGGUGAACAAGAAGAGAAGGUUGCCAUGGUUACUGAAGAAAGAAGUACUGGUAUCAGUCAUAUGCAAGAGGAUAUGGUGAAAUUAACAGAGGAGGUUGCAUCUCUUUCGUCUAAACUUCAUGAUAAAGAAGGAACAAUAGGAAUACUUGAAGAUCAUAUUCUACAAUUGAAACGGGAACAUGAAGCUCAAACUGCUGACCUGACUGAAUCUAGUCAAGAACAAGAUGAGCUUCUUCGUACACUGAAAAGAAGAAUGCAUGAACAAGAGGAAGUUUUAUCUGGAAAAGAAAAAGUUCUUCAAUUACUGCAAGAUGAGGCAACUGACAGAGCACAAGAACAUCAGGAACUACAAAAAACCAUUAGCAUAUUACAACAAAAUCUCAGAGAAACUGUAGAGAGUAAGGAGUUGCUGCAGGAAGAAUUAAAAACUAGAGAAAGAGCAACCAGUCCAGUACAAAAGCAGGAGUCGAAGCCAAUUUCCUCAUCAGAGGAGAUAGACAAACUUUUGAUUGAAAAAGACAGCAUAAUUACACAAUUGUCAUCAGCAUUACAACAAUAUGAAACUGUUCAUAAACAAGCUACUGAUCAGAAUAAUUUUUUGAGACAAGAAAGCUUGACUUUGAAGGAAAACAUUCAGAGUUUACAAGAAAGUGUAGAGAAGUGGCAACUUUUGGCUGAAGAUUCUUCUAAAGUUCUUGAAAUAAGAGAACAGGAGUAUAACAUCACUGUGAAUAAUAUGGAAGAAACUAUGAAAAAUCUCAGUCAUGAAUUAAAUGAAGCUAAGAAAAUAAAUGAAGAGCAAACAGAAGAUGCAGAAAAGAGAAUGAAAACUGUUCUUAUUGAACUUGAUUCACAAACUAAGGUUCUCGAGGACCAAACCAGAGAACUCAGUUAUGCUAAGGAGGAAAACUUGAAAUUGGUACAAAAUUUGGAAGAUUCGUCGACAAAUGUACAAAAUUCAGAAGAUUCCUCUGGCAAAAAUGAAGAAAUAGUUAAUGAACUGAAAAAGAGAUUGGAGGAAAGAGAAGAGCAGAUUGAAAGCUUAACUUCAAAGCUGAUCGAUGUGUCAUCUGAAGCAGAAGAAUUGCUUCUGAAGCUUGAUAAUAAAGAUGCUGCUUAUAAAAUUAUUGAAGAUGAAAAGGAAGCUGUUUUCCAGGAGAAAGAAUCUUUGUUGUCUGCGAAGACUGAAUUACAAAAGGAAUUGAAUUCUUCAACGAUUGAAAACGGGAAGUUGCAAGUUAAGAUAGAGGAACUAGAAGAACAGAAUGAAAGUGUUUUGAGUAGUAUGAAUGAAGAACAGAAAAAGAAUAAAGAAUUCCAGAAUAUGCAACAAGAAUUUGAACAGAAAUCUUCAUCCUGGAAACACGAAAGAGAUAAUCUCUUGCUAGAAUUACAACGAGUCGAGUCUCGGUGUAGGAGUGAGUAUACUGGUAGAAUAAUGGAACUUGAGUCGAUAAUCAGAGAACAAGACGCCAACCUGGAAAAAUCUACUCAAAACAAAAGUAGCUCGGAAGAAAAAAUUCAAUCAUUGACAGAAGAGAAUACUGAAUUUUCAUCUAAAAUUGAUGAAUUACAGAAAAUAAAUGAAGAAAACAAGAAAUUGUUGGAUGAAAACAAAAUAUUGUUUGAUGAAUAUGCUGGAAAGUCUGAACUUUAUGAAUCACAGAUUAAUGAUGGUAAACAACAGAAUCAAAACUUACAAAAUAAAGUUGAGGAAUUAGAAGUAAUUUCACAAAAAUAUGAAGCUGAAAUGAUUGUUUUACAUAAAGAAAUAGAAGAAAAACAAAAUAAAAAUAUCCUGAUGGAUAAAGAAAUAGUUGAGAUGAAAAACGCUUUUGAAGUUCAGAAACAAGAAGAUGAAAAUCAAGUUUCAUUAUUGAACGAAAAAUGCAAAAAUUUAGAGUCAAAAUCUGAAGAGGUGUUGAGAUUACGCCAACAAGAAAUCACAUCUUUGCAACAUUCUUUUGAUUCAUUGAAGCAAGAAAAACAAACUGCUGAAAAUGAGUACUCCACUGUAAAAUCUCAAUUAGAAGAUAAAAUCAAUAUGCUAAGCACUGUAAAUCACGAGCAAAAGGAAAAAUUUGAUGAUUUGGAAAGGAAUUUUAUCACUCUUAAAAAUGAACUAGAUAAAUCAGAGACAGAGAAUAAAAAACUUGCUUCCAAAUUACAUGGAACGCAAAGCGAAGUAGAGCAACUUAAUGAAACCCUGGUAAAGGCUGCUGUAGAAAAAGGAAACACUGAAAAACAAUUAGAUGAUAUUAGUUCUGAACAUGAAGAAUUAUUGCAAAUAUGCAAAAGCUCACAGCAAGAAAAAUCAGAUUUAGAAUCUCAACUGAGAGCUGCCACAUCAUCAAAUGAAGACGCACAAAAGAGAAUCGAAGAAUUAUCCAUUCUUCAAGAUAUGUUGAGAGAUGUUACAUCAAAAGCAGCAAAUCUGGAGAAAGAACUGGAAAAUUCUAAAUCGGAUCUUAUGCAGUUGGAGGAGGUAAAAAAUGGUGCUUUAUCUAAUCUAGAGACCAAGGAAGGCUUAUUGCAGGAAUCUUCGUUAGCUCGUCAAAGUCUAGAAGAGCACUUGGAAAAUAUAAAACAGAAUUUGAGUGAUAAAAUUGAAGAAAAUGCCAGACUAGUAUCUGAUCUUGUUGAAGUUAAAACACUCAACCAAAAUUUGGAUGAGGAAAAUGGAUCUCUCAAGUUGAGGAUGGAAAAAGACUCUCAUUCCCAUGAAGAGGAGAUUUCUUUGCUCAAAUCAUCUCUUGGCGUUCUUGAAAAUGAUAAUAAAUUACUUACUGAAGAAAAUCUCACUGUAAAAUCUCUUCUCAAAGAUAAAGAAGAACUCGAAAUUACUGUGAAAAAACAACAUGAAUCUACUGUGAAUGAUUUAACUGAGACAGUUGAAAAACUAAAGAAUGACUUACAACAUGUAGAAAAUAAUAGAGACGAUUUACAAAAGAAUUUAGAAGACAAGGAAGCAGAUGUUAUGAAAAAGACUGAACUUCUUGAACAGAUGUCUACGCAGUACACAAGCCUUCAAUCUGAACUUGAAGCUAUCCACACCGAAUACAAGCGAUUGAUGACUGAGGUUGGGAAACCUGAAAUAUCUGAACAAGCAGAUGCUUCUGAAGUACAACAAGAACAGCUUUUACAAAAUAUCUUCCAUCAAAUGUCAAGCCAGGAUGCUUAUGUAGGCCAUGGAGAAAAUUUACAUGAAACAAUUUCCAGUUUUAUGGAGCGCCAUGAAGCUAUGGAGGAAAAAUUGCAGAAAGUUGAAAAUGAAAGAGAUGAUGCUGUGAAUGAGGCUACUCUAUUAAAGAGACUCAAAAGAGAACAUUCUAAAGACUUUGAAAACGGAGAUUCAUUUCAGUUUGUGGAAGAACCGUCUGGUGAUGCCCACAAAGGAGGUCUUGAAUAUCUUCAAUUACAAUUGGAAGAAUUAGCAAAUGAACAAGAACAACAAACAGCAGAACACCAGAAAACAACCACUUCACUGAAUGAAAAAAUUGAAAGAAUUACAUCAGAAAAAGACCAGUUAUUAGAGGCUUAUGAAAAGCAGUCUGUUGAAUUGGAAGAAGUCAUAAAAAGUUUUGAUGAUAAAUCAAUUGAAUGUCAACAACUUGACUCGGUUAUCACUGAACAACAAAAAGAAAUAACAAAAAUUCGAGAAGAUUUGAGUAAGAUUAGCAAAACUUCUGAACAUCAACUCAAGUCAUUACACGACGUGGAAAACAAGUUUCUUCAACUUCAAGAUAAACACAAGGCUGCCACAGAACAACUUGAAGAAGCAGAACAUAACAACCAAUCAUUGCAGUUUGAAAUCAAUGAAGUGAAAACAACAUUGAAAUUAACACAAGAACAGAAUUUGAACUUGAAUGAGCAGGUUGAGAAACAUUCCUUUACAAUUGGUAAUCUUCAACAAGAUCUAGAUCAAGCCAUGGAACAAGUCGACGUUCUAAGUUCUCAAUAUAAUGAAGAUACAACUAAAUUGAAAUCAUUACUCCGAGAGAAAGACAAGGAAAUUUCCUCAUUACAUGAUGAAUUAGCUGAAAAAAAUCAGGAAGUAACAACGCUGACUCAAUCUUUGAAAGAAAGAAAUACAGAAUGUGUGAACCUGAAUGACCUUCUCACUCAACAAAGUGAAAAGGUGUCACAGCUUGAAACAUUGAUUCGUCAACAUGAAGCAGAACUUGCUCUCAUAUCUGAACUGCAAGGAGAGAAAGAAAAGGCUGCAGAGAAAGCUCGGGAAAUGACAGAAUAUAUUUCAAAGCUGGAACAGAAGAAUACUGAUUCCGAUAAUAAUAUGCAAGAUUUAAUGAAAAAGAUUGACUCCCUCCAAUCUCAACUAAUGGAGCGUGAGGGAGCUUUAGAAAGAUUAUCCAGAGAAUCAUCCAGGAUUCAAGAGAGUCAUCAGAAAAAAGAGGAUGAGAAAGAAAGUAGAUUGACUGAUACUGAAAAUCAGAUUGUCACUUUGCAACAGCAAAUUACUCAGGCUGAGAAAAUUAUUUCUUCUCUUUCGAGUGAAGUCGAAAAGAAAGAUGAGAAGAUAAGCCUGCUUCAUGAAACCUGCACUCAACGGGAAGCAAGUUUAACGGCAACUCAAGAAGAACUGGCAACCUUGCAACAACUUGUAAUACACAAAGAAGAAGGUUUCAGACAACAAAUGCAAAUUGAAGCAGAGAAUUUUGAUAAGAUCAAGAAUGAUUUCAUCUUGAAUGAAGAAAAUUUAAAACAAGAAUUAUUACAAAUAACAAGCACGUAUAAUCAGAUGAAGCAAAGUUAUGAUACCCAGGUCCUUUCAUAUCAAAGGCUACAUGUACAGAGCAUUGUUCAGAACGAAAGGCGUAUAAAUAUGUCAUAUAAAGAUGUUUCUGCUGAAAAGUGCUGUUCUACCAAUGUAGUCUUAUUAAUAACGAAUGAAGAUGUCCGCAACCUGACAUCUCAUCUUGAAAAACAAAUUGCAGAAAGUCAGUCUCAUCAUCUUGAAGAAAUUUCAAAAUUUCAAAAUGAAAUUACAAAACUUAAGCAAGAUAAGGAAUCAGCAACAUCUGAAUUGUUUUGUAGUCGUGAAGAAAAUGAAAAUUUGAAAGAAAAGGUGGAAAAAUUAGAGAAGUGGGAAACAGAAGCUCAGGAAAAAAUGAAGCUUUGUCAAGAACUGGAAAGCACUUGCAGCCUGUUGGAUGAAAGACUGAAAGAAUCAGCUGCCAAGUUGCGAGAAUAUGAACAACAGAACACAAUACUUCAACAAAAUUUGUCCGAAACAUCUGAGAAAGCAUCAGAAAAAGAAAAAUUAGUCGUACAACUUGACGAAGCUCUUACACAAAGUUCUGCUGAAAUAAGAAAAUUGAAAGAUGCUUUGAGUGCAGAGAGUGAGAGACAGAUCAAAGAAAUAGACUCAAUGGUGACAUCAAAUGUAGAAGAAAGAGACGAACAUAUCAAACGAUUAGAAGCAGAAAAUAAAACAAUUCAGGAAUCUUUCAACACAGUUCAAGAAUCACUUGUUUCGAUGCAACAAAAUUUAGGUGUUACUGAAAAAGAAAGAGAUGAACUGAAACAGACUUGCGCUGAACUUGAAAUUGAAUUUGAAUCAGCGAGGAAAGAACAUGAACUUAAAUUAGAUGGAGAAGCCACAAAACAUGCAGAAGAUUUGAAUGUUUUAAAUUCACUCUUAGAAGAAAACAGAUUAAGGCUACAAGAAAUAACGGAAGCAAGACAACAGGAGAAUGAGAAAGAGGAAGCUUGGCUUAAAACAUGCACUGAUCUUGAAACUCAGCUUUGUCAAACUCGAGAUGAACUUGAAUCAUCAAGACUUGAUUUAUCGAGUACAAUGGAAAAAGAGCAAGAACUCACAGCUGAAAUAAGUAAAUUAACUGAUCAGCUGAAUGAGUCGAAAGGAAAAGAAGAAGAAUUUAAAGAAUCUAAUGCUAAGCACGAUGCUCAAAUGGAAAAAGUGAAGAAGAUAAUUCGUGGACUACAAAUUCAACUAAAACAAGGAAAAGAGAAGAUUGCGCAACUCGAAAAAGAAAAAAGUGAAUCUUUAAAUGAUUCUCAACAACAAAGUGAACAAAAGCUACAUGAGAAUGAUGAAAAAUUUAAUGAACUAACACAGAAAAUUCAAGAAUUAGAAAAGGAAAUUUCACAGCGUAAGUCAAAUGCUGAAGAGUCUUCUCUUCUCACAACAUCUCUGAAAGAACAAUUACUUGCGUCUGUUCAAAGUUUUGACUCAUUCAAACAAGAAUCAUCAGCAAAUGAAACUCAAUUGAAACAAAACGUUGAACAAUUACAGGAACAAAUGAAAUAUGAUUCUGAAUCACUGAAAACUUUCAAAGAAAAGAAUGAAAACCUAGAAAAUGAGAUUGAAACGAAGUGGAAACUUGAAUUGCAGGAAGUUUUUGCACAAUCUGAAACUCUGAAAUUAGAAGUGGAAAAUUUGCAAAUGAAAUCAUCUGAAGACGAAAGAAAAAACGUUGAACUCAUGAAUCAAAUUUCUGAAAAUGAAGAAGAAUUGGAUAAUUUGAGACACCAAGUGGAGUCACUCAAAGUAUCUAGUUCAAUUUUAGUCUCGCAGAAAUCACAAGUAGAAGCCGUUCUGUCAGAAAAAGACGAUAUGCUUCAUAAUUUAUCAACAGCUUCUGAAGAUGCUUCGAAUUUAACCCAGGAGGUUGUAUCACUUAAGGAUUUGGUUCAAUCAAAAGAUAAUGAAUUGCAAACUGCUAUAUCAGAUGUUGAAAAGUAUAAAACCCUUCAUCACAAUGUUUCAAGGGAACUUGAAGGAUUAAAAGAACAAUCUGAAAUGUUACAGAAUUCUUUAAAAGAAAACAUUCAAGAGAUGAUGUCAACUAUAACACUGAAGGAAGAUGAAUGUGAAAAAUUAUCAGCUGAAAAUAAGGAAUUGAAGACAUCUGUUAUGUCAAAUGAAAGCAGAAUCAGUGAGCUAGAAAAAAUGAACGAAUCUUUGGAAGGUGAUAUUACAGAGGAAAACAAGAAAAAGGAAGAAGUUGAAAUGCUGACUAACAAAGUUAUAAAAAUAGAAGAGGAAUUGAGAAUGAAAAACACUGAAAUAGAGGAUAUUCAAAAUCAAACGUUGACACUAGAAUCUGAAUUGAAAGAAAAACGUGAAGAAUUAGCAAAUUUAUUAGGUUCUAAUGAAAAUUUGAAGGAAGAGCUCUCAAAUCAAGAGGAAAAAUUGAUUUCAAUACUGAAUAAUCAUGAUAAGAUUCAAAAAGAAUAUGCAGAUUUAUGCGAUGGUAUGAAUAAAAAGGACGAAGAGUUGCAGCAAGUUAAAAGAAGACUUGAAGAAAUUAGAACAGAAACUGAAAGUGGUUCAGAAGAAAUGACAUCACAACAGAAUUCAUUACAAGAUCAUAUCAAUAACUUAACUCAUCAGAAUGAAAAGUUGUCUGAACAGAUUCAACAUUACAUUGAAGAAAACAGAAAACUACAAGACAGGAUUUCUUCUGUACAAGACAGAAUUGAAGCCUCAGAAAAUGAAUUGGUGAAUAAGAAUUCACUGAAUGAAAAUUUGAAACAACAGUUACUAGAGGCAGACGCCAAACUUCAAGGUCAAAAUGAAAUUGCAGAAUUGAAGCAAACACAGUUAGAAGAAAAUUUAAAACAAAUGGAAGAAAUACAAUUAUCGUUAAAUGAAAAAACUGAAAUCUGUACCAAAUUGGAAAAUGAAUUACAAGAAUCUUCUAGCAAUUCUGAAGCUUUAAAUCUGAAAAUUCAACAAGAAAAUGAUGCAAAAAUAGAGGAAUUGAGUAAAAUGAAUACUUCGUUGCAAUCAAUGUUACAAGCAAAAGAUGAAGAGAUUUCCGAAAGGAGUGAUGAAAUAGCUCGGUUGCAAAAUCAAUAUAAAAUACUUCAUGAAGAAAAGACAUCUUUGGAGGAAAAACAAAUUGACAUGAGCAAAGUUGUUGAGAGCUAUCAAACUUCCAGUGUUUUUAAAGAAUCUAGUAUGGAAGAACAAGAUUCUGGGAAGGAAACUGUAGAAAUAAAUGAACUGAAAACCAACAUAUCAUCAUUAGAAUCACAGGUUGAGGAGAAAUCAAAAACUUUGUUUGAAACCCAAAGAAAAUUAAAGGCUUCUCUGGUAUCGAGGAAAAGUUUGAUGGAAAAAUUGAAAACUGCUGAAAAUAAGCUGAAAGGAUAUGAAAAUGGUGAAAAUUCUAAUAUAUCAAUGAAUGACGGAAAUGAAUCUUUGAAUCAAUCUUUCGAUUCUGUUUCAAGUCCAUCUCCAAGAAGUACCAUUGAUGAUGAUCAUUCGGAACAUAUUUCUGCAUUGAAAACAAAGAACACUGAAUUAACUGAUAAAAUCCAACAACUGGAAGCUGGAGUCGCACAAGAAAGACAAAGGUUUGCGGAUAAAGAAUUGGAAUUACAGAACCAGUUUUCAGAAAUUAGUAAAUUACGAGAAUGUGCUGUUGAAGAUUGCGCACAAAAGAAUAUGGAAGUAGAUAAUUUAAAGAGAAAAAUUGAUGAAUUUGAAAAGCAGUUGAAUAUUACAAAAUCCAUUGAAACUGAUACUGAAAAUUUGAAAUCUAUCCAUACAGUUGAAUUGGCAAAGAAGCAAGAGGAGUUGCAAUCUGCUAUCGAUGCUAAAGAAAAUAUGGCAGAACGAGUCAAUUUCCUUCAAAAUCAAAUUGACACAUUUCCAUCGACAGAAUCAUCAUUAGUAGAAGAAAUAAAACAGAAAAGUAAUGAUUAUGAAAAAUUGAAUGAUGAAUUCCUUAAGAUUACACAAGAAAAGCAAGACUUUGAAAAACGUGUUGCUGAAUUUCAAGAAAAACUGGUAAUAGCGAAUGAGGAACGAAAUUCACUGCAACUUCAAUUUGACGAAAAGAAUAAUAUGGUGUUAACUCUCCAGUCAAAAAUUACGGAAUUGGAAAACACAAGAAUUAAUGCUGAAAGUUCUGGUCAGCCUGAAUCUGAGGAAAUGGGAAUAUCAUUGAAAGAAAAGGAAAAUGAAUUUCAUCUUCUUCAGUCAAAAAUUACUGAAUUCGAAAAUCAGUUGUUGGAAUCUCAAAAUGCCGCGAAGAUAUCUAAAAACGAAUCCCAACAUUUUCAAGAAUCGUUAGAAGCAGAAAAAGCUGUGGUAGCUAAAAAUCUUGAAGAACUGAAUUCAUUAAAAGAGGAAAUUUUGAAUAAGAAUGCUGGAUUGGAAGAUGCUGAAAUUAAACUAAUCGAUGCAGAAAAAAGAAUUGAGGAAUUCGAAACCGAAAAGACGUUGGCAAAAAAUUUACAUCUUGAAGAGAUUCAAAAAUUAGAAGAAAAUUUGAAUUCUACAAAAGCAGAAAAGGAUCAAUUGUUGGAAAUGAUAACAACUUUAAAAUCUGAGAAAGAACAUAAUUCUGCUUUAGUCGAAGUUGAGAAAAUCCAACUUCUGCAAAAAUCAAAGGAUGAUGCAAUGAAGGAAAAAGAACAAAUGCAGAGAAAAUUAAAGGCUGCUCUCGUUUCUAGAAAAGAGUUGAUUUUGGAGGAAAAACAGCUGAAAGAAGAAGUAGAAACUUUGAGGACUGAAUCUAAAAACUUGAAAACAGAAUUGGCGUCUUUAAAAGAUUAUCAUCUUAAAUUUGAAUCUUGCGAAAAAGAAUUGAAUGAAAUUAAACAGAAAAUUGAAGAACAAAAUGCAGAAGUGACUGAAAUGAGAACAAGACGCGAAAAAGACAUUCGAAUUCUAAAAGAAUCGCAAAGAAAAGUCAAAGAACUGGAAAAACAAAAUAGAGAAAUGACAGAAAAUACUGAAUUUGAAAUCACAGAAAUGAAAGAGAGUGUGGAAAAGAUAGAAGAAGCUUUGAAAUUAAAAGAAACUGAAGUUUCCACAUUGGAAUCUUGUAAUAAUGAUCUUAAUGACAUGGUUACAGCUCUUGAAACUAAGAAAAAGAGUUUGGAGAGGAAGCUAGAAGAAGAUGUUGAAGAGAUGAGGAAUCUCCGUAGGCAAAUAAAAAUGGUCCAGGAAGAUUCAAAUGGAAUGUCUAAUGAGGAAGUCGAAGAGACGAAAGAUCGUUUGGAAGCUGCAGAGUGGGAUAAAGAAACUCUACAAGAGCAAGUUAAGCAUCUUGAAGAGGAGAAAAAAGAAAAAUCUUCUAUGUUGGAUAAAGUCUUGGAAGAUUUUGAACGCGAAUCGAUCGCGAAACAAGAACUUGCAGCAAAAUGCGAAACACUGCAAGAUGAGAUUGAUAAAAUCAACGCUGAUAUGGAAGAUUUUUCACAGAAACAUGUCGGAAUGGAUGAUUCCGUAGUGAAAGCUCUAAAAGAUGAAAACAAGAGCCUGAAGUCUUCUUUUCUUGACAUCAAAGUUGAACUUGAAAAGAUUAAAUCGGAGCGAGAUUUGACUUCAGGUAACUCUAACCAACAAACUGGUGGAGAAACCGCACUUGAUGAUGAAAAUGAAAAUUUGAAAUCGAAAAUAAAAGCUUUGAAUGCGGAGUUGCAAGAUUUCAAAAAUCAAAAAUUUAGUAGUUUUCAGUCUGAUGCAGAAAUGCAGGAAAAUGAAAGAACAGCAUUAUCUUCGCUUCAAGAAGAAAAUGAAUCGUUAAAACUAUCUGUAAAAUCUCUCGAGUCACGGUUAAAUUUAUUAAAAAAUGAAAACUUGUUGAUUUCCAGAGAAUCUAAUAUUGUAGAACAGGAAGAAUCACUGUCUCGAAUGGAUGAUCUGUCUGAAAAUCCCAAUACAUUAGAAAACGAGAUACUCCUUGCUAGAAAAACUAUUCUGGAAGAAACUCUGGGCCAAUUAAAAGUCACACAACCUGAAAAUUGGGAACAAGAACCAGGGAUUAAAAAACUAAUCGACAAACUAGAUUAUCUUGCGAAUAAAGCUGCAGAGGCAAGACGAGAAACAAAAAUAUGUAACGAAAAAUGUCAAAAAGCAGAGGCUGACUUUUCUAGAAUCAAAAACCAGUUUGAUUCUGCUCAACAAGCUGUGGAAAUGCAGGACAAAACGAUCGAACAACACAUUGAAGAAAUUACUGCAUUGAAGAACAGAAUUCUUGACUUGCAGCAGGAACAACAACUAUCUCCAGAAUCCGAAUCUAUUAACAUAGAGCUUCUCCAACUCAGAACAGAGUAUGAUCGUUUGAAAUCCGUCUCGCAGGUUGAAAGACAAAGUUAUGAACAAAUUCAACUGAAAAAUGAGAGCGAAAUUUCUGACCUCACAAAUAAAAUCCAAGAAUUGAAAAAUGAUAAAAAUGACUUGAAAUCAGCAAUGGAUGUAAAAAUGAGUGAACUGAAAAUUGUUGAUGAACAAUGUAAAAGUUUGGAAAUUGAAGCUGAAAAACUUCAUGCUGAAUCAUCAGAAAUGAAAAAUGAACUCCAAUGUAUGAAAAAUUCAGUUUCGGAGCUAGAAAAGAAGAGGAUUGGAUUGUUGUCUCAAAUAGAAUCAUAUCAAAGAGAAAGCAAUGAUCCAUCUACGCCUCUAUCAAAUUCGGCAAAUGAAGACAUUGGUUUGGCUCAUAAGAAAACAGCAGAAGUUCGAAGUUCUUCUGGACAUAGUUUUUCGGUUGCUGAAAGUUAUUCAAGGCUUGUUGAAGAUUUGAGCUCAGGGAAUCUUGAUCUAGCUGAAAUGAAAAAACAACAUCGAGCUUUAGUUGAAGAACUAAUAAGCAAAGACGAAGAACUUUCAAAUGUUAAAAACGAAUUUGCAAAUCUUUCAUCAGCUUAUGAUGAAAUGCUCCAAAAGGCAGAGCUACCCCCAUCUCAAGUAAUAGACUCUAUACAUAGUCAACCUCAAAUUUCAGAUUCUGAUAGUACUCCAUCUGUUGAAUAUGAAAAUCUGUUAAAAUCCGAAGUUGAUAAUACAAAGCAAAAGGUUGAUGAAAUGAAUAAAGAACUUGCAAGCCGUGAAGCUCUUGUUUCAGAACUUGUUUCUGAUUGUAUGAGAUUAAAAACUGAUUUAGAUCGAGAGAAAAAAGAAAAUGAUGCUUUGAAAGCAGAAGCAACAGAAUUGCGCACCCAAGCACAAUCUCUCGCCUGUUUAAGAACACAAUAUGAAGCAAAUGAAAAUCAUUUAAAAUCAGAGCUUUCAGUAAAGGAUCGUAUUAUGCUUAGGCAAAAGGAAGAACUUGAUUACCUCAAAACAGAACAAUCGCGACUUCGACAAGAAUUUGGAGCUGGUAGCCCACAAGAAGUUCAAGUUGUAUUGGCAGCAUAUCUUGAAGAUAUUCACAAGUUAAAAGCAAGUUUGAAUACAAAGUCAACUGAACUUGACCAAAAUGUCUUGACUAUCAAACAUUUAGAAAGUGAAAUAGAAAGUAAAAAUAAUGAAAUUGAGAAAAUUUCUUCCGAGUUGGAAUCAUUGAAUACACAAUUAGAAUCUAACCAACAGCAAAUUUGUGAUCUCCAAGAUGAAAUUGAGUCUCUAACGACUGAAAAAUCUGAAUUGAGCAGUAAUUUGGAAUCAUUGAAAGAAAUAAGUGAGACGAUAAAGGAAAAAGAUGAGCAAUUAAAUGUUUUAACGAAGGAAAAACAAAAUGCUCUGGAGGAAUGCAGUGGCAAGGAUAAUCUUAUUCUGCAGCUGCAAGAAGAAAAUAAAAAUCAUAAAUCUGAAACAGAAUCUUUAAAUAAUUUGCUCGAAAAGAAAAACCAACUUGUUGAAACUUUGACCGAACAAAACGACAGAAUAUCUUCAGAUUUAGAAGAAAAAAUAUCUUUUUCAGGAGUAAUUGAGAAAGAAAAUGAUGACAUCAGAAUAAAAUUUGAUGCAUUUGCUGAAGAAAUUCGAUCUAAAGAUGCUGCAUUGAAAGCGCUUCUAGAAGAAAAGGAUAAAUUGUCGAAGGCUUAUGAAAAAACUUCGAGUGAAUAUUCAGAAAUGCAAGGUAAUUUUACUGCAAUAAAAUCUCAAAAGGAUUUACUUGAGAAAGAUUUGAAUGACACUGCAAAGAAUUUUGCUGCUUAUGUCGAAACAACUAAAGAGAAACAGAAACGUUUAGAAGGAAAUGAAAAAAGCUUAAGGUCAAUAACUGGGGACCUUGCAGCAUUAGAAGAUAAGUAUUCAACACAAGGAUCUAUUUUAAAUGAAAUUCAAAAUCAAAUUCCCGAACCUCAAGUUGUAACGGAGAUUUUAGUGCAGUCUGAAGCUUCCACUCCCUCAAACGGAGUUAAAACAGUAUCAACAAAAUCACUCAAGGACAAAAAUCCACUUGUACGGUUACAAAGAAAAUUAGACUCAUAUGAAAACGCUUUGACGUGGUUGAAUUCAUCAAAAAAACAGGUGCAGGACCAAAACGUAGAAAUAAACAAUCUUUACGAUAAGUUAAAAAAUGACUAUAACAACAAUAUAUCGAAACUAGAAGAAGUUCAAAUAUCACUUCUGGAAAUGGAAAGAAAAUUUCAAGAUUCCGAUAUUUCAAAUAAAAAACUAAAAGAUCAAGCUGAAAAUUAUCGUUCUGCAAUUGACAAAGAAAUGCAACAAAAGUCAUCUGACUUGGAGAACUUGAAAAAAGAUCUCGAAUCUGUAAGCAGAAAUUAUGAAAAUGCACAACUGAAAGUGAAUAAUUUGGAUAAAGAGAUUGGUGUACUCCACGAACGUAACAAAUCACUACAAGAUGAAAUCAGUAAAUUGUCAUCUGUAUCUGGAAAUCAUGUACAUUACAUACAAACUGCUGAACAGAAAAUACAAGCACAAAAUUCUCAGCUUGAACAUCUAUUGGCUGAAAGAGGUCAACUCGGUGGACAAAUCACUGCAAUGCAUGCUAACCUACAAGAGUAUCAAACAAGAUAUGCAAGCCUACAUUCCGAAUAUGUGAAGGUUGUACAAGAACACAAAAAGUGUCAUGCAGAAGAAGUGACCGAUUCUCCUCAACAAGAGGUGGCCAAAAUUCCAGACACUGGAGCACCAGGUGGACCUCCAGUACAACGAUUGCCAGACUCACCAGAACAUAUUAAAUGGCAACAGAGUCUUCAUGAUGCCAAUGUCGAAAAGAGAAAUUUGUCCGCAAGAUUGACACAAAUGGAAGAGCAAUUGAGGGAGGAAAUCGACAGGAGGAGUGAGGUUGAAGACCUGCUUCAAAACUUGCGUAAAAAUACGUCAAGUAAUGGAGAAUUGGGAGAAAUUUCCUUACAAAUAGUAUCAGAUGAAGAAGAGCCUAUAUUACAAAAGCCUGCUUCUAUAACAAGAAAGAUCCAACAAUCAACAUCCAGCAGUUUUUCUCGAUGGCUAAGAGGGAGAUCGUUGAGGUGGGCAAACCCAUCAAAAUCAAGACUAUGUCCACACUUCAGACCACUGUCCGUUCAGAGUCUCGCAUUUUUAUACUUUGUAACUUUACACAUACUAUUGAUAAAGUGCUUCUUCAGUAUCUAACACUGGAAUCUGCCAUUGCAGCAAUCUUCUGGUGGCAUUUGCAAGAAGUAAAUCUGGCUUCUAGAUUUGUGUUCUCAUGGACCAUAAGACGCAAUGUUAUUAUGUUGAAUCAGCAAUUACAUGUCUGGCAUUUCAGUUCAUUUUGAUUCAAAUUUGCAGCAUUAAUGCAGAUAGGUGACGGUGCCACAAAAUGUACAUACAUACAUAUGUUACUGCAUGAAGCAGAUUUACUGUGCAAUCUAUAUAUAUAUUGAGCUAAGCAAGCUUGUCCCAUUUGUAUAAUAUUGAUUUUUUUCUUCCUUGGUGCUAUUUAUUAUUCCUAUAUCAUAGCUUCUGUUAGCUGUGCAAUUAAUUAAUGCUUGUAAAAAAAAGAUAUCGAAUAGAAAA